GGCCACAACCUUGUCUUCUUUUCCUGGCUACUUGUUCCUGGUUUUAUUGGUUCGGUGCAGAAGCCAUUAUAAAUUGUUCCUCUGAUACUGUUCUCUCUCGUGCCUGAUGGUUCCGUCUGUUUCCUUGGUUAGUACUGAGUUCUUGGUCUUGUUGCUCUAUUCGUUUUACCUGAUUUGUAUCUUCAUAUGUUGUGCUCAUCUUAGAAGCGCUUAUGGUUUCUAUUUCAUCCGAAACUUGUCUGUACGUGUUCUUCAAUACACGAGAAGAAGGAUUUGCUACGAGGAGAAUGAGCUCCUAUGCUUUGCUUUGAAGAAGUCUUUUGAUCGUAACCAUGGGCGCUCAAGAUUGACCAAGAAAUUCUACCCAGAAAACACGGAAAAUGAAUGAGCAAAUCCGAAAGAAGACUUGGGAAUAGCAACGAAGUCUGGUCUGAAACAUUGACUGACUAAUUUUGCCUGAACUGAGGUUCAAGUAUGGCUGUAGUCUUUCUUUCUCCUCCGGAAUCCCCAAACCUUGAGAAUUCUCACUCGCAAACCUUCACGGAAUGAACGCAUCGAAUCAUGGUCUUUCGUAUCGUAAAUCAGUGAUUUCACUGUGUCAUCAACGCUCAUCAUCUUUCAUUCUUAUCGAUCCUCCCAUUUAAUUCUUCACUUGGCCUCUCCCACCCACCCAUUUAAUUUAGCUGGACAAGAAUGACAGGAUGAGAGGGACAUGCACUAUGGAAAGGAAGAUUCCUUCAAAUGAGGCACUGCGAAAUAUAGGUCUUCUUCUCUGUUCAUUUAAGCUUCAGCUGUAAGCCUAAUCGUUCUUUUUUGUUUGGUAACUUCGAUGGUCAUGGUGGAAAUGGAAGUUAGCAUACUUCCAAUUUAGAGGGUACAUCAGAUCCUUAUCUACACAUGCUGCCUUUGUUUAGUUACGGGAUGACAAAUUGUUUUUGUUCUUGUAUCUUUUGUGCCAUGGCCUUCUUCAUCUUGAUGCUUCCAUUUGGAUUUGUUUUCUGGUGCAGCGACGACACAAGCAAAAGAAAGAUGAAGUUGAAGCAUCACAAACUCGGAGACAAGUACAGAAUCGUGUUCUCCAGCUGCAAGUUUCACUCCCUGAAACUGGCCCUCUUUGUCAUUACAUGUUGCACGGUGUUAACCCUCCUCUACUCGCCAACAGAGCGCAAUGAGCAUCGCCAGCAGUCCGAUUCCAGGUCUAGAUUUGUGGACGUUGGGUCGAUUUGGCAGAACACAUCGUCAGAUCCUCGAUACGUAUCAGAUACGGGUGUCGAUUGGCAACAAGUAUCGAGCGCUCUGCCAAGUGUUGAUGGCACAGAGCAUAGUCUCAAGAUCGGCUUGCUCAACUUCAACUUCACCGAGGUCGGCGUCUGGCGGCGCGCGGUGCCAAAUGCCGAGUUUUCCGGCGUCCACCUUGAAUACGCCGACGCGAGCAUCACUUGGAAUGUUCUGUACCCGGAGUGGAUCGAUGAGGAAGAAGACAACGAAGUGCCUGCCUGUCCAUCGCUUCCUGAGCCCCGAGUGAAGAAUGGAUUAGAACUCGACGUCGUCGCUGUUAAGCUGCCCUGCCGUAGGUCAGGCAGCUGGUCGAGAGACGUUGCCAGAUUGCAUUUGCAGCUCUCUGCAGCCAAACUCGCCGCAGCAGGACGCUCCCCGGUCCAUGUCCUCUUCGUCACCGAGUGCUUCCCGAUCCCCAACCUGUUCAUCUUCAGAGACCUCGUCAGAAGAGAAGGAACCGCUUGGCUGUACAAGCCCAGCGUAGCGACGUUGAGGGAGAAGCUCCGGCUUCCGAUCGGGUCAUGCGAACUCGCUGUUCCACUGAAAGCACGAGUGCGGCCACAGACUGGGAGUGGAACGAGAGAAGCAUAUGCGACGAUACUGCACUCUGCAGAGGUCUACGUCUGCGGCGCCAUCGCCGUGGCUCGGAGCAUCCGCUUGGCGGGGUCGACGAGGGACCUCGUCAUACUGGUCGACGAAUCCAUAAGCGACCACCACCUGGGCGGCCUCGAAGCCGCAGGAUGGAAGGUCAGAACGAUCCAACGGAUCCGAAACCCCAAGGCGGAGAAGAACGCGUACAACGAGUGGAACUACAGCAAGUUCCGGUUGUGGCAGCUCACCGACUACGACAAGGUCAUCUUCAUCGACGCCGACCUCCUCAUCCUGAGGAACAUCGACUUCCUGUUCAAGAUGCCGGAGAUAUCCGCGACGGGGAACAACGCCACCAUCUUCAACUCCGGCGUGAUGGUGGUCGAGCCCUCCAAUUGCACCUUCCAGCUGCUGAUGGAUCACAUCGACGAGAUCACGUCUUAUAAUGGUGGCGACCAGGGAUACCUCAACGAGAUCUUCACGUGGUGGCACCGCAUCCCGAGGCAGAUGAACUUCCUGAAGCACUUCUGGGAGGGCGACAGCCAGAGCGUGAAGGCGAGGAAGACGAGGCUAUUCGCGGCCGAGACGCCCGGCCUCUACGUCCUGCACUACCUGGGGCUGAAGCCAUGGCUCUGCUUCCGGGACUUCGACUGCAACUGGAACUCCGUCCUCUACCGGAGUUUCGCCAGCGACGAAGCCCACGCGACGUGGUGGCGCGUGCACGACAGCAUGCCGGAAGGCCUCCAACGCUUCUGCCUGCUGUCCACGGUGACGAAGGCCGGGCUGGAGUACAACCGGCACAAGGCCGAGAAGGCCAACUUCCCCGACCAGCACUGGCGCCGCAACGUGACCGAUCCCAGACGGCAUCUGUGCUUCGAGAAGUUUUGCCGGUGGGAGGACGUGCUGCAGCACUGGAACGGGUCGCACACAUCGUCCACUGCUCGAUCUACUUAGCACACCAUCAUCAUCGGCGAUGCCCGUCUUCUUUAGCACAUACAGCCCACGUAUACGACUCCGUGACGGCUUACAAGA